AUGUCCAAUGGCCAUACCACGGCCGGGGUCAGCUCCCACCCUAGCCCCAAAUACUUGCGUGUCGUGAUAAUCGGCGCCGGAAUAGGUGGUUUGACGGCUGCAGUUUUCCUACGCAAUGAAGGGCACCAUGUUACCGUUCUUGAAUCGUCCACCUUUGCGAAUGAAGUGGGAGCCGCUCUUCAUCUUGCACCAAACGCCAACGGUUUACUGAGGCGGUUGGGCAUUUUUGGUGAGGAUAUCGGUGCCAACUUAAUGCAGCAUAUUACGGAAUACGACAUAGAUAACACCCUCAGCCGGGAUAUCGACUUGUCCGAGAGAAACAAGCUCUGGCAGCAUCCGUGGCAUUUAAUUCACCGCGUCCGUCUCCAUGAGGAGCUAAAGCGUCGGGCAGUCUCAAAAUCCGAAAAGGGAACUCCCGUAGAAUUGAGAACAGGGAGUCGCGUCGUGAAUAUUGAUCCUUCUCAGGCCAUUGUUGAGCUUACAACUGGAGAGACGAUUCAGGGGGACCUGGUUAUUGGUGCGGACGGAAUUCAUUCAAUUAGCCGCACCAUGAUACCAGGGGGCAACAUCACCCCUAAACCUUCCGGCAAGAGUGCUUUUAGGUUUCUGAUGCCUCGCCAGAGAGCUUUAGAUGACCCUCUGACGGCAGGAUAUGCGCAGAAAAUGGGGCAGCUGAUUAUGUGGUAUGGGGCUGACAGACGAGUGGUCAUGUAUCCGUGCGACAGCAACAAGCAGCUCAACUUUGUUUGCAUACACCCGAGAGAGGAGACUGAAGUGGACGAGGGACAAGACUGGAACACGGGAACGAACAAAGCCAAACUGCUGGAAGUUUUCAAGACUUUCGAUCCAUCUGUCUUGGCCCUUUUGGACAAGGCAGAUGCUGAAUCUCUUGGUAUUUGGGAGCUAAAAGAUAUGGAUACACUACCAGAAUGGGUCAAUGACCGCCUGGCGCUCCUUGGAGAUGCUGCACAUCCGUUCCUCCCACAUCAGGGUCAGGGAGCUGGGAGCGCGAUAGAAGAUGCUGCAUCGCUUGCCGUCGUUUUGAAAAAGGGCACCGACCCAACCGAGGUUCCAGAGCGUCUUCGACUAUACCAACACAUUCGGAUGGAGCGAGCUAACAAGUUACGCCUUUUUUCGCGCAAUGCAGGCCGCGAUAUUGUUGGCCUUGGCAAAGAAAACUUCAAUAUGAUGGAAUAUACGAAUUACAAUUUCGGGCAUGAUGAGUGGGACAACUCGAUGGAGCGGUUCCGCCGAUGGACUUGGUCGCAAAACCCAAACCUGUAUUGGAGAAUGCCAAUUUCUUUUGGCCCUUUCCCCGGUCCUCGGCAGACUUUCGAGGGAAAGCCACGAAAUGCAACUCAUUCGACCUUUACCACGGCCUCUGUCAAGUUCAAGACUUCUCGUACAAUCUUACAAAAUCUCCUUCCGUCAACAUCUUUUCAUUUCAAGAGCCCAGGGACUUUUGCGUAUGCGAGCUUUUCCCAGACUACACUGAACAAGAUGGAAUGGCUCGGACAUUCCGGAUAUCGGCAUUUUGGUCUCUAUAUUCACGGACUACAGUACACACUCAAAGACGGUACUACUCUUAAUGGCACGUUCCUCCCUCUCCUAUUUGAGAGCCUGACGGACCCAAUCGUAAGCGGUCGAGAAGAGUUGGGUAUGCCAAAGCUCUACUGCUCUAUCGAUAUUUGGCGCCGCCAAACAAGCUAUCGAGUCCAGACCGGGUGGCAGGGUGCUCAGUUUGGCUCCAUGACGCUUGAGGGUCUCUCCGAGGUCGGAGUAGAUGGAGUGAAAGGUACAAUUGGUGGGGAGGAUGACGAGGGGAUAUUUGCAUACAAGUACAUUCCCAAGGUCGGGGAACGAGGCAAAGCGGAUGUGGAACAUGCCACCUUUGUUCCUCACGCUGAGGAAUCCAAAGUAGUCCCGAGUACAGUGCAAAAGGUAUGGAUAGCGGAGAAAGGGGGAUUUUUAUUCGAUUCCCUGGACUGGGACGCACUACCCACCCUUCAUCAUAUCAUCAGUCGACUGGCUGAGAUUCCUGUGUAUGAAGUAGUCGGGGCCAAGGUUGUAGAGGGACUGGGGGUUCCCGAUGUGUCCAGUGCCAGAAGGAUCGAUUAG